CAUCUGAACCGGUUUCCAUGUCAAACACUUAAAUUCUCCAUAGAAACUCUGAUCUUAACGCAGAAACUUUAUUAAACCUUGAUGGUGGAUUGAUAAGGCCGAAUUUCUAUCGCUUCCUUUUUUAUUGUGGAGACGGGGAGGGAUGACAGAGGUAAAUUGCUCUUUUAAUUAAACCAUUGCACCGAAGGAAAUUGCUGUCUGAAUAUUGUCUCAGAGAUGGGGCUUGUGACAGUUGCCUGGAAACUUCAAUCUGUCUCACAUUUAUUCCAGAUCACAGUUUUGAGAUAAAGUUUAAUAAAAAUCUUUACGACAAUGAAAGCCUACCCUUUCACGUCCACCACCACAAUGCGACAGAACAGUGGAGGAAGCCUUGUGUUUAACAUGUAUCUCUCAGACCCCACAGAAAAUCUUCUGAAGGAAAACAAAAGCCCUUCUUGGACUCCCAUCAACACAGGCGUGCAAAAAGGAAGUGGACAAAUCCAGCUUUGGCAAUUUCUUCUGGAGCUGCUGUCUGACAGCGCCAAUAUGACCUGCAUCAGCUGGGAGGGCACCAAUGGAGAGUUUAAACUGAUAGACCCGGACGAGGUGGCCAGACGGUGGGGGGAGCGCAAGAGUAAACCGAACAUGAACUAUGACAAACUGAGCCGAGCUCUGCGCUAUUACUACGACAAAAACAUCAUGACCAAGGUGCACGGAAAGCGUUACGCGUACAAAUUUGACUUUAACGGCUUGGCGCAAGUGUGCCAGCCCUCCUCAACCGAACAAGCUAUUUACAAAUUCCAGAGUAACUUCGCUCCUAUCCAGUUUUCAGGCAUUUCCAAGCUCAGUCUGGUUGCCCCAGGUGCUGGUCCGUCGGGGUUCUCAUACUGGCCCGGAUCUCCUCCAACCCUCUAUCACAGCCACAACCUGCAACCGCCAGGACCCUUCGGUGCCGUGUCUGCGUCGCAUUUAAAUUGCGUUAACAGCAUCAACAGUUUAAAUAACCUAAAUAGGCCUAAUAUCAAUAAUCACUAUAAUUGAAUUUUUUUUCUUUUUUUUCUUUUUUUUUUUUUGCUGGAUAAUUACUU